AUGCCUCGCAGCCCCCGUACUCCCGCCGAGAACGAAGAACUCCAACGCUACCCAGAGCGAUACUCAGAGAAUAUCCAUAAGCGUGGUAAGGCCGCGAAAGAGCUGGUGAACGUUUUCUUCCACGAGAACAUUGAGCGUGCGCGCGAUCGUAACAUGCGUUCAACGAAUCUGGACAAGAUGAUCCAGGACCCGAGUAUCUCCAAGGAUGCGAAGCGUCAGGAGGGAGAAACUAUUGCGAAGAAGGAGUCGAACUUCCUCCGAUUCCUCCGGACCAAGGAGACACCGUCGAACUUCCAGACUAUCAAGGUUAUUGGAAAGGGUGCAUUCGGUGAGGUUAAGCUUGUGCAAAGGAAGACCGACGGCAAGAUCUAUGCGCUCAAGUCUUUGAUCAAGACUGAGAUGUUUAAGAAGGAUCAGCUGGCUCACGUUCGCGCCGAACGUGAUAUCUUGGCUGACUCCAAGGAUAACCCAUGGCUUGUGAAGUUGCACGCUUCGUUCCAGGACUCCGCAUACCUCUACCUGUUGAUGGAGUUCUUACCUGGUGGUGACCUGAUGACCAUGUUAAUCAAGUACGAAAUUUUCUCCGAAGACAUUACUAGAUUCUACAUGGCAGAGAUUGUGAUGGCUAUCGAAGCAGUCCACAAACUAGGCUUCCUUCAUCGUGAUAUUAAGCCUGACAAUAUUCUUCUCGACCGUGGUGGUCAUGUUAAGCUUACCGAUUUCGGUCUCUCGACUGGUGGCAAGAAGACUCACGACAAUUCGUACUAUCAAAACUUGUUGAAAAAUUCUACCUCCAAGGAUAAGAACCGUAACUCGGGAUACUUUAACGAUGCGAUUAACCUGACGGUAUCAAACCGUGGCCAAAUUAAUACCUGGAGAAAGUCCCGUCGAGCCAUGGCUUAUUCAACGGUUGGCACGCCUGACUACAUUGCGCCUGAAAUCUUCAACGGCCAAGGAUAUACUUAUCUUUGCGAUUGGUGGUCAGUCGGUGCCAUCAUGUUUGAAUGUCUUGUGGGAUGGCCACCUUUCUGUGCCGAAGACACCACCGAUACCUACCGGAAGAUCGUGAACUGGAGGGAGUGUCUCUACUUCCCUGAAGAGCUUACUCUUUCCCGCGAAUCCGAGGGCUUAAUCCGAAGCUUCCUUUGUGACGCAGAGCACCGUGUUGGCAACGACGGCGGCCAAUUCGGUGGUGCCACACAAAUCAAGAACCAUCCGUUCUUCCGUGGUGUUGUUUGGGAGCAGCUUCGCAAUAUUCGUGCUCCAUUCGAACCUCGAUUGAGCUCCAAUAUUGACGUGUCAUACUUCCCUAUUGACGAAAUUCCUCAGGAAGAUACCAGUGCUAUCCAUCGUGCUCAGGCCCGUGCCAUGCCCGAGGAACAGGAGGCUGAAAUGAGCCUUCCGUUUAUCGGAUACACAUACAAGGCAUUCAAUGCCUUCCAGAACAACUGA